UCACCUCCAGACCUGCAGCAGCCAAUCAGAUCCCUCCUCUGUGCGUCCACAGGGUGACAGAAGUACGAGGCUUCACUGACGACCAGAAGGACCAGUACUUCAGGAAGAGGUCCAGAGAUGAAGAGCUGUCCAACAGAAUCAUCUCACAUGUCAGGACGACCAGGAGUCUCCACAUCAUGUGUCAAAUCCCAGUCUUCUGCUGGAUCAGUGCCACAGUUCUGGAGCACAUGUUGACCUCAGAGCAGACAGGAGAACUGCCCAGAACCCUGACAGACCUGUACUCUCACUUCCUGUUGGUUCAGACAAAGAGGAAGAAGAAGAAGUACAGUGGAGGACCUGAGACUGGUCUGUUGGACGGAGAUGUUCUUCUGAAGCUGGGGAGGCUGGCGUUUGAACAUCUGCAGAAAGGAAACAUCAUGUUCUACCAAGAAGAUCUGGACCAAUGUGGUCUGGACGUGACCCAGGCCAUGGUCUACUCAGGAGUUUGUACUGAGAUCUUCAGAAGAGAGAGUGUGAUCUUCAAGAAAACUGUCUACUGCUUUGUUCAUCUGAGUGUUCAGGAGUUUCUGGCUGCAGUCUACAUGUUCCACUGCUACACCAACAGGAGGACACAGGUACUGCAGGACUUCCUGGGAAAAGAAUACAAACCCAGCAAAUCCAAAUUGGAAACUAUUGUUAAUACGUUUAAGGUAAAAUAUGACUUCACUAUGACUGACUUCCUCAGAAAGUCAAUGGAGAAAUCCCUCCAAAGUAAAAAUGGUCACCUGGACCUGUUUGUUCGCUUCCUUCAUGGUCUGUGUCUGGAGUCCAACCAGAGAAUCUUGGGAGACCUGCUGGGUCAGACACACUACAGUCCAGAAACCAUACCAAAGGUCAUUGAAAACCUAAAAAGCAUGAACACGAUCAACAUCUCUCCAGAGAGAAGCAUCAACAUCUUCCACUGUCUGACAGAGUUGAAGGAUCAGUCAGUUCAUCAGCAGAUCCAAGAGUUCCUGAAGUCAAAGAACAGAGAGAAGGAACUCUCUGAGAUCCAGUGCUCAGCUCUGGCCUACAUCCUGCAGAUGUCAGAGGAGGUUCUGGAUGAGUUGGAUCUGGAGAAGUAUAAUACAUCGAAGGAGGGAAAACUGAGACUGAUCCCAGCUGUGAGGAACUGCAGGACGGCUCGACUUGUAGGUUAUGACCUCUCAGAGACUGGUGCUGAAGUCGUGGCCUCAGCUCUAAAGUCCAGUCCCUCACAUCUGAUAGAACUGGACCUGAGGAACAUCCAGCUCCAGGAUGCAGCAGUGGAUCAUCUGUGUUCUGGACUGAAAAGUCCACACUGUGGACUGGAGAGUCUGAGGUUGAGCAGCUGCAGUUUGUCAAAGAUCAGCUGUUCUUCUCUGGUCUCAGUUCUGAAGUCCAACCCCUCCCAUCUGAGGAAACUGGACCUGAGCUGGAACAACCUGAAGGAUUCAGCAGUGAAGGAUCUGUGUGGUUUUCUCCAGAGUCCAGACUGUAAACUGGAGACUCUGUGGUUGAGCAGCUGCAGGUUGACAGAGAUCAGCUGUUCUUCUCUGGUCUCAGCUCUGAAGUCCAACCCCUCCCAUCUGAGGAAACUGGACCUGAGCUUCAACAACCUGAAGGAUUCAGCAGUGGAGGAUCUGUGUGGUUUUCUACAGAGUCCAGACUGUAAACUGGAGACUCUGUGGUUGAGCAGCUGCAGGUUGUCAGAGAUCAGCUGUUCUUCUCUGGUCUCAGCUCUGAAGUCCAACCCCUCCCGUCUGAGGGACCUGGACCUGAGUGGAAACAACCUGAAGGAUUCAGCAGUGAAGGAUCUGUGUGGUUUUCUCCAGAGUCCAGACUGUAAACUGGAGGAUCUGUGGUUGAAUGACUGCAGGUUGUCAGAGAUCAGCUGUUCUUCUCUGGUCUCAGCUCUGAAGUCCAACCCCUCCCAUCUGAGGAAACUGUACCUGAGCUACAACAACCUGAAGGAUUCAUCAGUGGAGGAUCUGUGUGGUUUUCUACAGAGUCCAGACUGUAAACUGGAUGAUCUGAGAUUGAGCAGCUGCAGUUUGUCAGAGAUCAGCUGUUCUUCUCUGGUCUCAGCUCUGACGUCCAACCCCUCCCAUCUGAGGAAACUGGACCUGAGGGGAAACAACCUGGAGGAUUCAGCAGUGGAGGAUCUGCGUGGCCUUGUGGAUGAUCUGAUGUCAGUGUAGAACACUGGAGUCAAAUUGUUAAAACUUAAUGUGUUUUAUAAUUAUUUGUAAACCUCAUAGUCUCUCCACUUGGUGGCGUGUGAUCAGAUUCCCAUACUGUUUCAAUUUUACAGACCUUAUUGUCUAUGAACUCCGUGUGUUCAUAUUUUAAUUGACAGGUGAAUGUGUUGCAUUGUCUUCCCUUACUCCAACUGUAGAGGGCGCUGCUGCUCUACUUGUGUUGAAUGUGACAUUAACUGCUCUCAUCUCUGCUCAUUUCUCUUCUCUCCACAGCUGGGGGAUGAGAAAUGAGCUGGAGUCUGAUCAAACAGUAGCUGUCAGCAGUAUAUAACUGUAUCCGCGAAUAAUCAAAGUACAGCCAUAUAUUACAUGUAUUUUCUCAGGGUCAUCAAUAAACGGCCCUAGUUAUUAAUAUUAAUUGUAAAACUUGUCAGCUUCGUUGACAACAACUGU